AUACGUAAACGAAAGCAAACAACAAGAAUAACACAAACAAUUGAAAUAAAUUCUAUUUAAAUAUUUUUCCAAUAUAAUUAUGUAUAAACUUUGAAACUCUAUUUUACAUACAUUAACAAAAUGGCUCAUCUCUUGGAUUUUAAGAAAAUUUGCCGAGCUUGUUUAACAGAUUCAGGACCUUUAAAAGAAUUAUUUUCAGUGUGUACAGCAGGGAUAUUUAAGUACUGUACAUCUGUUGAGAUUUCAGAUGGUGAUUCAUUGCCGAAACUAAUUUGUCAAACAUGCUUGGAACUGUUAAAUAAGUUAUAUUAUUUUAAACAAGUAGUUGUAAGGUCAAAUGUGAUAUUGAAACAACAAUGCAAAUUGCAGGUAAAAGCAGAAUCUCAUCAGACAGAAGGCAACGAUUUGGUGGAAGUAAACAUAACAGAAAUGGGUGAAGAGAUGAAGAUACAGGAAAAUGCAUGUAUGAAUGAUACUUCAUUGAGUGCAGACACUAUGCCGUCAGAUACUGCUAGUCUUAUAAGCCAGAUCCUCGCGCGUCGCCGUCGGCGCGGGCCCGGCCGCCCGCCGAAGGACCCGGCGGGGGCGCAGCGCCGCCGCGAGCGCAUGAAGUGCGUUAAAUGUGCGAAGAGCUUCCACAAGUAUGAGAACUUUGAGGCGCAUAUGCGUGGCCAUUUUGGGAAACAGCCGGACAUAAAGUGCAAACACUGCGAGAAAACGUUCCUAUCCCUGCGUAGUUUAAGCAGUCACAUACGAAUCCACAACGCGGACCGCAAGUACCAAUGCCGUGUGUGCGGCAAAAGCUUUGCCUACCUCAACGUACUGAAGAACCACGAAAUGAUACACGAGGGUAUCAAGAAACAUGAGUGUCACAUGUGUGACGCGAAGUUCGUGCAGGCGUAUAAUCUUAAGAUGCACCUAGAAACGCACAACAACGAGAAGAACUACAGCUGUUCGCAGUGCGGCAAGAAGUUCGCGCAGCCCGGCAACCUCAAAAUACAUCUCAUACGGCACACCGGUAUUAAGAACUAUGCGUGCUCUCUGUGCGAUAUGAGGUUUUAUAUUAAGGCAGAUUUAGUGAAACACAUGCGAUCUCACUCAGCGGAGAAGCCAUUUUCUUGUCAACUGUGCGACAAAACGUUCAAGAGUCGGAGUUUUCAAGCCAUCCACAUGCGAACACAUACAGGCGAGCGUCCGUACGCGUGCGACCUGUGCCCUAAAAAGUUCAUGGCUCGCAAGGACCUGCGCAACCACCGCAUGAUACACACGGGCGAGAAGCCGCACAAGUGCCAGCUGUGCAGCCAGGCCUUCAUACAGAAGUGCGCGCUGAACCGGCACAUGAAGGGUCACGGGAGGGACGAGACACACGGGCUGAUGGUGCGGGGCCCCAUGAGAGAUGAAACACACGGGUUGCUUGUUAGGGGCCCCGGGCCCCAAAUGGAAACGCCGCCAUUAGCGUAUGCGCACCACCAGUGGCAUCCGGAUGUGUGAUAGUGGGAAUGGGUAGGGCCCUAAUAGUGAUACACAUGUACUGUUGAUAAGGGGCCCCGGGCCCCAAAUGGAGUACAUAUACAGUGUAUUAGUGGCAUCGGAUGUGUGACAGUGCCUAAAGGCACUUUAAAUAAUACACAAAAAAAUAAUAAUGACACAUUGGUGAUAGUGAGUUACAGUGCCUACUUUCUUUAAAAAAACACACUUUCGACAUUCUUAAAAAAAAACUGCCAAAUAACUUGCUUCCCACAAAAUUAUGACAUUCAAUCAUAUAGAUAUGAAAUUUGUACAAAAUAUUAAAAGUAAUUUCACACAGUAACAUAGGUUAAGAUUUGUGAAGUUUUAAUUGUAAUCUGACCAAUUGUAUUAUCCAUUAACAUAUUAUGUACCUUCACACUAUAUUAUUAAAACAAUUGGUGCUGUAUGCUAAAAUUAAAACAGUUUAAUUUUUUGAGAAAUAAAACCAGUUUACUUGAUUUUCACAAAUUUUAUUUCAUAAAUAAGAUCUUGUUCAGUUCAGUAUUUGUGAUGUUUCAUCUUAUGUUUAUUUUAUAAAAUACUAAUAAUGUGAUAUAAUUGUGUAAGUAUUAUUCCAUUAAAUAAUAAUGUAAAUAUUGUAAAUAUGAAUAUAUUAUAGGACACUGCUUGGAAGUACAUGAAAAUGUGGAUUUGUAAAUAAUUAUAAAUAUAGAUUUUAUUUAGAUUUAAAAUUGUUAAUUAUAUUUUCCUGUAAAUAAAAACAAUAUCUAUUUUCGAUGUUUAACAGCAGAUAAGUAGAGAAAGCAAAUAUUUUCGGAAACACUAAAUAAAUUUGAUGUGUUAAGUAAUAAAUGUCCAUUAUUAAUAAAUUAAUAUUAUAUC